AUGGGUCGAGGAGGCCGCCAUGGCGGCGGGGUCGACCGGCACCUUGCCCAGGUUAAUUGCAUAGUGUUCGACAAGACAGGGACGCUCACGGUCGGAAAGCCCGAGGUGGUCAAUACGAGACUCCUAAAAAACGUGGUGCUGAGAGACUUCUAUGAAUUGGUUGCUGCAACAGAGGUGAAUAGCGAACAUCCAUUGGCCAAGGCCGUCAUCGAGUAUGCCAAAAAGUUCAGGGAUGAUGAGGAGAAUCCUGCCUGGCCUAAAGCCCUCGACUUCAUCUCGAUCCCUGGUCACGGAGUGAAAGCUGUGGUUUGUAACAAGGAGAUAAUUGUGGGAAAUAAGGGCCUAAUGUUAGAGCACAACAUUGCCAUUCCUAUCGAAACCGAAGAGAUCCUGGCUGAGACCGAAGAGAUGGCGCAGACCGGGAUAUUGGUGUCCGUAGACCGGGAACUGAUGGGAGUCAUCGCGAUUUCAGACCCUCUGAAACCGGGCGCUCAUGAGGUGAUAUCGAUCCUGAAGUCGAUGAAAGUGAAGAGCAUCAUGGUGACCGGCGAUAAUUGGGGGACUGCAAAUUCCAUAGCCAAAGACGUCGGCAUCGACACUGUGAUUGCGGAGGCCAAGCCUGGGCAGAAGGCAGAGAAAGUGAAGGAUUUGCAGGCUUCGAGAUACAUUGUAGCGAUGGUGGGAGAUGGCAUCAACGACUCACCAGCACUCGUGGCCGCGGACGUGGGGAUGGCAAUUGGUGCUCGCACGGACAUCGCCAUAGAGGCGGCAGACAUCGUGCUCAUGAAGAGCAACUUGGAGGACGUUAUAGCUGCGAUCGACCUCUCUAGGAAGACGCUCUCCAGGAUCCGGAUGAACUACGUCUGGGCACUGGGCUACAAUGUCUUGGGAAUCCCGAUUGCUGCCGGGGCUCUCUUCCCUUCCACGGGGUUCCGCCUGCCUCCCUGGGUCGCGGGGGCAGCGAUGGCCGCGUCAUCGGUCAGUGUCGUCUGCUCUUCACUCUUGCUGAAGAAGUACAGGAGGCCGAAGUGUCUCGACAACCUUCAGAUACAUGGUAUAACAGUGAACUGA